GUUUAUUCCCGUUUAUUCUUGUCUGAACGGCAGUCUCCUUCAGUCGCUGUUCGCGUAGUGUACGGUGUUACGUUGGGCAAGACUCGCUCGGUGUGCUGUGAAUCACAAUAUAGUGCCAUAUUCGCAUCGCAAUAAAUUUAUUAAUUCAGUACAUAAACCAGCAUUUGCCAGAAAUGAAAUAACAUCAAAUCAAGGGAUCCGUUUGUACAUGCCACGUUUGUCUUUAUACAACAUAAAAUCACGGAGCACGUUUUCUAUACCUAACGACAGGUAACAUAUAUUAUUAGCUAAACAAAGAAAUACGCACACACAUCAUGGACAAUAAAGCGCCGACGGAGAUGGACACUUUCUUACCCCAAGAUGGGUCCAAUGCGAAAGAUGGUGUAUUUAAAUACAAAGUGCAAGUCGCUCCACAAGAUAUGGAGACUGGACAGGGUGACGGAAAAAGCUUCGACCCUUUCAGUGAACGAAGAGUAGAUAACCCAACGACGGACGGUGAUACGUUAACGCAUUUAUUGAAAGCAGCUCUUGGAACAGGUAUAUUAUCCAUGCCAAUAGCUUUCAAAAAUGCUGGACUUAUUGUUGGUAUAUUUGCCACAGUCUUGGUGGCGUUUGUAUGCACACAUUGCGCAUAUAUUUUGGUAAAAUGUGCACAUGUCCUUUAUUAUAAAACGAGGCGCACAAAAAUGAGUUUUGCCGAUGUAGCAGAAGUAGCGUUUGCUACAGGCCCACAAUGGGGAAGAAAAUUUUCGAAACCUAUUAGGUAUUUAAUACAGAUUAGUUUAUUUGCAACAUACUUUGGUACCUGCAGUGUGUACACAGUUAUUGUUGCGGCAAAUUUUAAUCAAAUCAUUAAGUAUUACAAAGAAGAAGGAUCUGGUGAAUUUAGUCUUCGAUUGAUGGCAAUUUGUUUAUUAAUUCCAAUGAUAUUACUUAGCUGGAUACCAAAUUUGAAAUAUCUUGCACCUGUUUCCAUGGUGGCUAAUAUAUUUAUGGGAACAGGUUUAGGAAUAACUUUUUAUUAUUUAGUUUGGGAUAUGCCGCCUAUUACAUUCGUACGUUUAUUUGCACCCAUCGAGGAUUUUCCACGAUUCUUCAGUAUAACUAUAUUUGCAAUGGAAGCAAUAGGAGUUGUAAUGCCACUGGAGAAUAAUAUGAAAACACCUCAACAUUUUGUCGGAAUUUGCGGUGUUUUAAAUAAGGGAAUGUCCGGUGUUACGCUUAUAUACAUUUUACUAGGAUUUUUAGGAUAUGUAAAAUAUCAAGAUAAAACCUUAGAUAGUAUAACAUUAAAUCUACCAACAGAAGAAAUACCGGCUCAAGUUGUAAAGAUUUUAAUAGCUCUUGCUGUUUAUUGCACAUUUGGAUUACAAUUUUAUGUUUGCCUUGACAUUGCAUGGAACGGUAUAAAAGAUCGAUUCCAAAAAAAACCAAUGUUGGCAAAUUAUAUUUUAAGAACAGUUAUGGUCACAGGAGCAGUCUUACUGGCUGUUAUUGUACCAACUAUUGAACCUUUUAUUGGAUUAAUUGGUGCAUUUUGUUUUUCAAUAUUGGGACUUUUAAUUCCUGUGUUUGUCGAAACUGUAACUUAUUGGGACGUCGGUUUUGGACCAGGAAAUUGGGUAGCACUGAAGAACGUGAUCAUUUGUAUUAUUGGCAUUAUGGCUUUAAUAUUUGGAUCUCGUAGUGCAUUAAUACAAAUCGCUAAUUUAUACAGUUAAGAAAUUUUUUUCACAUAUAUAUAGAAUUUUAGGUAUUGCUAUAUUCCAAAUUUCGAAAGAGUUUGGAAACCAUUUAAAAGAUUUUAAUGCAAUAAAUUUCUGAUAAUUUUAUUAUUUUGAUAAAGACAAUCACAAAAAUCAAAAUAGGAUUAAAAAUAAUUUAUUUUAUAAGAUUAAUAUAAUCAGAAUUUUAAUCAAAUCUAUAUCAGAAAUUUAGACGCAAUGUAUGCUUACAAGAAAUGCUCUAGUAAGAUAAAAAAAAGAUAACUUCAAGAGAACUUCAGUUGUUAUACAAGUAAGAACUUUAGAACUUAAUUCUUGUAAGGAUAAUGAAAUUUAAAAACCGACAUUCGGUGUAAAAGUAAUACACGCGAACAAUUUACAGAAUAAAUAAUGUUAGAGAAGGUUAUAUGAAAAGAUUUUAAAUAUUAUCGAAUGAUAAAUUAAUUUCAAAAUAUAUCUAAUAAUUUACUUUGUUCCUAAAAUAUAAUAUAUAGUAUAUUCUAUUAUAUUUAAUUCGCAAAUUUAGACUGAAAAAAAUUGACAGUAUUCAUAAUAUACAUUGGAGCAAUACGUUCUAAUUAAUUUAUUUGAUAUUAUUUAUUUAAUAAAAUUGAAAUUUUUAAUUAAUAAUGAUAAAUUAUGUUAGAAAAAAUUAUAUUAUUUUGCAUAAUUGUAUAUUUUGAAAUUUAUUCUAAAAAAAAAUUAAGUUUUAUAUUUGUUAAAACUAUUAACUUUUAAAAUUGACAAAAAUUAUUGUUAUUUAAAAAAUUUUAUAUAUUGUUCAUCUUUUAAUUAAUUGAAUCUCAAAAUAUAACCUUCAUUUUUUCUAAAUUUAGUAACAUACAUUAUAUGGUUUGUAUUAUAUGAUAUAUGUUGUAAUAUUUAAUGUCUAAGCAGGUCAUUAUAUAUUUCAUAUAUGUGAUUCACAAUACAGAAAAUUUCACUCUUCUGUGUUGCAUUUAAUAUGAAUGUAUAUUUAAAAAAAGCAUGUUUUUGAAGCAACUUUUAUUGAACUUGUUAUAAAUCAAUCGAUUUUUUAUGCCAUUGUUAAAAAUUUUUACAUAUUUCUGGUAAAAAAAAUAAUUACGAUUUUUAAAUACAAAUCAUUUUACAAUAA